AUGAAUCGAGGUCUAGUGCUGCUGGUAGUACUUAAAAUGUUUGCCUUAGGCGAGUCCCGUUUCGCUAAGAUAAAUAUUAACCUGGGAUUAACUGUGGCUGAUGAAUCACCCAAGACGAUUACCGAGGAUAUGAUUCGUCUGUGCGGCGAUCAAACGGAUGUAUCUCUCAGGGACCUGCACAAACUUCAGCAGGAGGACUUUUCGGAUCCCACGGAAUCGAUUCAGUGCUUCACCCAUUGUCUCUAUGAGCAAAUGGGUCUCAUGCACGAUGGCGUUUUUGUGGAACGAGACUUCUUUGGGCAGCUCUCGGAUGCCAGUAAUCCUGAUGUCUGGCCAGAACGUCAGUGCCACAUGAUAAGUGGCAGCAACAAAUGCGAGACUGCCUUUAAAAUCCACCUGUGCCGGCAGAUGAUGAAGCAGCAGACACAGAUCACCUUGGCCGGGAAGGAUGUGGAGGUCACGACUCCAUCGGAGACCACCGAGCCAAUGCCCUAG